AUGGCAUGGCUGGCACACGUGGUGAAGGCUUGCCAGCUCAGGGUGCACCGUUGUAACGACAUUGUUCCUCUCCAACCGGCGCUCGGCGGCGGGGCCACGCAGACAGAACUUCACCCAUACCGCCCAUGCCGCGCCCCAACCGAACCCAAACCAAGCACAAGGGAUUAUCCCGCCGUUGAUCCCGCCGCUAAAUCGCAUAUCUAUUCCAUUCGGAAUCUGGUCACCGCCCCACAGCGGUCUACACUCCAUUCGCACCAUCUUCCAUCCCUUCGCAACAGCAGAACAACUGGUGUAUUUCCCCUCUGCUCCUUUUCAACGUCACGUGUAGUUUGGAACCACAAGCAACACAAGCACUACGUCAAGAUGGCUCAAAAAGUCGUCGUGAUCGGCGGUGGGUACGCCGGGGUCGAAGCCGCGAAGGCCCUCGAUGCAAAGUUCGACGUGACCCUCGUGGCCGGUGGGGACGCCUUCCGCCACAUCGUGUACGGCUUGCGCGCGUCCGUGCUGCCGGAUCAGACUCCGAGAAUGCUCGUCCCGUACGCUAACUUCCUGUCGAACGGGACUGUCAAGACGUGCAAGGCCACCAGGAUCAACGCCGACGAGUGCACCGUGACCCUCAGCACCGGAGAGUCCUUGCCGUACGACUUCCUUGUCCUCGCUACCGGAUUUCUCCACCCCAACACCGUCGGCGUCGGAAACAACACCGGCACAGUGGCCGAACAGACCGCCGUCUUCAAGCAGGCCAACGCCACGCUCAAGGCGGCCAAGAGCAUCCUCGUCAUCGGCGGCGGCCCCAUCGGCAUCGAGAUGGCCGGAGAGAUAAUGGAAGAGAUGCCCGGAAAGAGCGUGACCCUCGUUACCUCGAAGGAGCUCAUGCCGCUCGCCCACCGUGGCUUUCCCGGCAAAGUUCCGCACCCGCCUGCGGAAGAAGUCGGCGUGACCGUGCACACGGACGGCGGGCGCGUGAACUUCAGCAGGGACGACAUCGACGCGUGCGGCUUUAUCUCCGGGGAAAAGACCUACUCCUGGACAGGCGGCCAGGUCGAGGCCGACCUCUGCAUCGUCUGCACGGGAGCGACGCAAGCGGCUCCGAUAUACGCAGACAGCGGGCUCCACCACUGGCUGGACGAGAGGGGCCAGGUUAAGGUCAACGACACGUUCGAGGUGAUCGAAGCGCCGGGCUCGGGAAAGGUCUUCGCCGUAGGAGACUGCAUGGAUCUACCGGUCCCCAAGAUCGCCUACCUCGCCGGUGCCGAGGGUGACAGCGUGGCCAAGCAGGUCGCCGCCAGCGCGGCCGGGAAGCCCCUCAAGAGCGCCGCGCCGUCGGUGAUGCCGGUGUCCCUGGUCCCCGUGGGAAAGACCGGAGGCGUUUCGUCCUUGCCGAUGGGGAUCGUCGUCGGGGACUUCAUGACGCGAAACAUGAAGUCCAAGGACAUGUUCGUGUCCAAGUAUUGGGCCAUUCUCAAGGCCGGGAGGGCUCCCGCCGCCAUCUGAGCGGAGUUCGCUUUUUUCUGUUUUUUUUCCAUCUCUUUGACUACGUGUUGCGCUACGUAAACGAAGAGAGGGGUUGAUUCCGUGAGAGGAACCGCGGGGGUUGAUCUGAUUUGUUUUUGUUGUUGAAGUUUGAGCUGUUUGGUUUUUUUCUUUGGCGUUGCUGUUGGCCUAUACUCUGUGUAGACUGGUCUACAUAUUGAACCUUGGUGGACAAUCGUGGCUCCGACAUACAUGGUAAGAGGGUGGUGUGACAAAGGCCCUCUCCGCCCUCUUAUAUCGGAGCCCCCUCUUAUCGUUCGGAAUGAGAGAGUACUCGACUAACUAAGAGGGUCGAGUCCGUGACAACCGAUCUUUUUUUCGUAUUUAGCCAAGAUUGUGUUGGGAGAUUUUCGUUGACGUUUUUUCUUGUCAGCGCGGGAACUAGCGCAGCGACCUGCGACCAGGGAAGGAUAGGCAUCAACAGUUACAUUAGCUACAAACCCCUGGUCACGUGGUUGCUGUC